AUGUCUUUGACGGAUGAUUUUGAACACCUUAGAAUUCAGUUGAAAGACAUAAAGUUGGCCACCAACAAUUUCAGCGACAAGCCUAUCGGUAUUGGUGGGUUUGGAAAGGUUUAUAAAGGAGAGCUCUCACUCCCAAAUGGAGAAAAGAAAACAGUUGCUUUCAAGCGCUUAGAUCGUCAAUAUGGGCAGGGGGAGGUUGAAUUUUGGAAGGAAAUAAUGAUGCUUUCACAAUACAAACACGAGAAUCUUAUUUCUCUGGUAGGGUAUAGCGAUGAUGAUGGUGAGAGAAUUCUGGUGUAUGAGUAUGCAUCCGGGGGAAGCUUGGACCGCUAUCUCGAUAAAACUAGUCUCACAUGGACCCAGCUUCUUCAGAUAUGUCAUGGGGCUGCGCGGGGAAUAAACCAUCUUCAUGAUCCUGUUGAUAGGACGCAACCAAGAGUUCUUCAUCGAGAUGUCAAGAGCUCAAACAUCCUACUCGAUGAGAAUUUGACUGCUAAAAUUUCCGAUUUCGGCUUAUCAAAAUUUGGCCCAGCAGCUCACCAACAUUAUACAUAUCUUGUUACCGGUGCUGUGGGUACACAGGGGUAUUGUGAUCCCAUGUAUAUGGAGACGGGCUCCCUGUCAAAAGAGUCUGAUGUGUACUCUUUUGGAGUGGUGUUAUUUGAAGUAAUGUGUGGGAGAUCAUGCUAUGAAUUGUGUAGUAAUGGUGAGCAAAACAUUUUAGUGCAUAAGUGGAAAGAAUGUUAUCAAGAGAAUGGUAUAAAUGAUAUCAUUUCUAAUCAUCUAAAGGAACAUACUGAUGUAAAUAUAGAUAGGGAAUCUCUUGACACGUUUGCAAGCAUUGCAUAUCGGUGUUUGCAAAGAAAUCGGAAAGAAAGACCAACGAUGGCAGAGGUAAUCAAAGAACUACUUAAGGCACUUGAUAUUCAAGAAACAUAUGGAGAUGUUGAUGAGAGAAAUACAUAUACAGAAUUAGUCAGCAUUGCAAAUCAGGCCACAACGCCACAACAUAAUGUUUACACCAGAGAUUGGGAGAUGAUGAUAAAACCCGCCCCCAUAACUGGCAAAUCUCGAACUGAACUUGCAUUGCUUCUCUCCCAAGGGAUUCAUGUUUUGAAGAGCGAGCAUAGGAUUGAACGAAACAAGAAUGGGGAAUAUUAUGAAUUGAUAAGUGGAUACAAAUGUCAGCUUCCCGGAAUUACAUUUCUACAGUUUUUCAAUUUUAACACUGAUGUGUUCUAUGGGGGGAAAGGUUUUCCUUGUAUCUCGAUUAGCUCCUCUAAUCAAUUGUUAGCAUGCCCUCGGUUCUUAUCGUUAAAUGUCACGUACAACAUGAACCUCUUCUACAGAUAUCUUGAUGAUGUUGAUAAAGGGGAACAUGUACCCCUCAAAUACAAAUUGCAUGAAGAGAAAGAAUAUUGGACAUCAUGUGUAGCACAGAGAAGAGGCAAAUGGCUAAUAUCCACAUUAUACCAAUUUAAUAGCUACCAAAAGGAACAUGAUUUUAAAAUUGAAGUCAUAGGCCGGUUGCACCCUGAUCAUGUUCAUCGUAAAGAUGUUCAUUGUGAUAGUUGUGCACUGUUUCUUGUAGGCAUUGAAUUCGUGCCCGUGGAGCAUACUGAGAAAGAUGGAAAUUUAGAGGAGGAUGAGAUCAACUUUGAUAUGAAACCAAAUCUGGACAAUAAUUGGGAAGAAAAAUUGCCAAGUGAUUAUGCUGAAAUAAUCAAAUUGUCAAAAGAUGAUAAUAUGCAGAGCAAAACUCACAAGGAACUCUACUAUCUUCUUCGUAGCGGGUUUUUAAUCCAUACAAGCAUUGAAAUAUGGUUCUCUGUUUCUAAAAGUAUGAAGAAAUGUCAUAUGCUUCCAGCAAUAUCAGUCUUGCAAAAAAGAUCAACACCGAAUUUUUUUUUCUGGAUGCAACAAUUCAAAUGGAAAUCUUUUCCGGAAUCAAGGUUUGAAUUAGUGGCUGAGUGUUGUAAGAUAAAAGAGUUUACUAUCGUUUGUGAAUUGGAAUCCCAGCUAUUGUCACCGCAAACAACCUAUGCAUGUUAUCUUGUGUACAAACUACCUACAAAUCCCUCCUUGGUUAGUGGUCUGCUACAAACAGACGACAAAACCAGGGGUGAGAGCAAUCGCAAGCUACAAAUUGUCGAUUUACUUACUCCUACUCAUAUCCCAUUUAUCAGACGCAGAGUUAAUGAGCCCCAUGACAUCCCAAAAAGGACUUGCAGAAUAAAAGGCCACCCAAAAUUGAGGAAAGAUGGUUGGUUGGAAAUUCAUAUAUGGGACUUCCACACUGAUGCUACCAAUAAGCCAAUCAUGAUGCACUGUCACGUGAAAAGUUACGAUCAAUGUAAUCUCACGGGUCUUCUUGUACAAGGCAUUGAGUUUAGGCCCGCAAAAGUUGUCUUUGCAUCUUCACCUUGAUGACCAUUACUUGUUAGACACAAUGUCAUAUGCAUUUAUUUUGAUGGUAUGUUUUGGUUAUCUUCUCAAUUGUUAAAACAUGUUAUUGUCAUCAAAAGUUAGAAAUUUUAAAAAAAGAUAUUUUGACUUCAAA